CCUCCUUAACCCUUUCCUUUCCUGGAGGAAGUAACUUGGGAGGAAGCCGAGGGAGUGGACUCCGGGAAAAGGGGAAGAGGAGGAGGAGGAGGAGGAGGGAAGACAGGAAGGGGAAAGGAGGAGAAGAGGAGGAGGAGUUGUGGCAUUUCCCCCCAGCUUGGGGACCCCUUCCUCCACUUCCUUCCUUGCUUCCUUCCUCUUCCUGGGGGCGGUGAUGGCCAAGUCCUACGACCACCUCUUCAAGGUGCUGCUGAUUGGGGACAGUGGCGUGGGCAAGACCUGCCUCAUCAUCCGCUUCGCAGAGGACAACUUCAGCGGCACCUACAUCUCCACCAUUGGCAUUGACUUCAAAAUCCGGACCGUGGACAUCGAGGGCAAGAGGAUCAAGCUGCAGGUCUGGGACACGGCCGGGCAGGAGCGCUUCAAGACCAUCACCACCGCCUAUUACCGGGGCGCCAUGGGCAUCAUCCUGGUCUACGACAUCACCGACGAGAAGUCCUUUGAGAACAUCCAGAACUGGAUGAAGAGCAUCAAGGAGAACGCGUCCUCCGGCGUGGAGCGGCUCCUCCUGGGAAACAAGUGCGACAUGGAGGCCAAGCGCAAGGUGCCCCAAGACAAGGCCCAGAAGCUCUGCAAGGAGCACGGGAUCCGCUUCUUUGAGACCAGCGCCAAGUCCAGCACCAACGUGGAGGAGGCCUUCCGCACUUUGGCCCGGGACAUCCUCCUCCAAUCCAGCAAAAGAUCCGCUCCGCAACCCAAGGGCCCCGUGGACCUCAAAAGGGCGCAGAAAAGCCACAGCAAGUGCUCCUUGGCCUAACGAUGGACGGACAGAUGGAUGGAAGCCUGCUUGAUGUGCCAAGACAGAGGUCCAGCUGGCUGGAUCACUCUCUCUCUCUCUUCCUCCUCCUCUGCACAUCCUUUGGUUCUGAAUGGCUCUCCUUUCCCCUGGGAUCAAGGAGCCGGAAGCAGGAAUGGAUGCGGAUUCAGCCCCUCACUUGAAACCACACUGAGUCCUGGGAGUUGUAGUUCCCCAAGGUCUUUCUCUUUCUCUGGAGGCUUCUAUAAUGUAGAAUGGAUGCAGGUUCACCCCUGCCUUGGGCUCAAUGCAGUGGGAAUCCUGGGAGUUGUAGUUUCCCAAGGCCUUUGGCCUUUUUAAUGCCCAAGAGGUCACGCAGCUUGGCCCCACUCAAACUGUUACAGGGUCCUGGGAGUUGAAGUUUUCCAAGGUCUAUUAUAACCAUGGACCAUAAUGUAGAAUGGAUGCAGAUUCACCCCUGCCUUUGGGCUCAAUGCAGUGGGAAUCCUGGGAGUUGUAGUUUCCCAAGGCCUUUUGUCUUUUUUACGUAGCUUGGCCCCACUCAAACCGCUACGGCGUCCUGGGAGUUGUAGUUUCCCAAGGUCUGUUUCAACUAUGAGCCUGCGCAUGCCUAUGGGGAUGGAUGGCCAUCUGUUGGGAGGAAUUAGAUGGUGUCUCCUUGCCUGGUAGAAAUGAGGAUAGACUGGAUGGCCUCUGGGGUUCCCUUCCAACUCUUCCAUAGCCUCUAUUUCAUCCCUUAACCUGCCCUUUUCCUAUUGGGUUGGAUGGCCAUCUGUCAGGAGGGAUCAGAUUGUGCCCCGUCUUGAGUCCCGGCCAUUCUACAGUAUAGAUUAUCUUUUAUUUUGUGGGGGGAAAAAGGGAUUGUUCGGGGAUUGUUUGCACCGAGUUCCACGUUACGCAUAGGAAAGACCCCCCCCCCCCCCCCCCCCCCGGUCGGUCGGUCGGUGCAAAGCCCCCAAAAGGGAGAACAUUCUAGAUCUCGGUUGCCUUUUGUAAUCUUUCGAAACAGUAUUAAAAACGGAUUUUGGAA